AUGAUAUACUGGNCUCAAGAAGUUAAGCAUGUAUCAACACAGACAACAGGCGACCACCUUCGCUCAUUACACAGCCAACGGCCAGCCACGCUUAACAACAACACCUCCACAUCGGGGUGGUACACCGCCGAUGUGGCCCCCAGUACUUUGCUGUGGCUGGCCGGCCCUAAAGACUGUCUUGAAGACAGUAUACCAGAAUUAGCCAACACUGGCAAGAACAAGAACAAUAACAAACAAGAAAGCAAUGAUCAGGAUGAAAGCAAGAAAAUCGACUUACCAGCUUGUCUGGAAUAUCAAGGUUUUCAUGAAUAUGGAUAUCACCUCUUUACUUUAAACAGUUCAGUUUUUAACAAUACUGUUCAAGACUUGAGCCUGGAUUGCAUUCCAGAAGCUAUCGCUUCAAUCUUGGGCCACAAUAAAAAUCCAUUUGUGAUUGAGUACAAAAACACCCAGAACAAAACAACCUACCUGCCAAACCCACCAGCCUGGAGCAAUGAUAUACUGGGAGAGAUUUGCACUCGCUUCGGUGAUCAGCUUCUUCGCGUGGUUUUAUACCGACCAUCGUGGUUUUUUCAGAUUGUGCUCAAUGAGCAGGGUGAUAACAGCUACUAUUUUAGUUUGGCAGUCAGAGAGAAGCUGAAGGUCACAAGUGACUACAAAGAACUGGCCAUAUUGACAGGUAUAGAUUAAUGACGCAUAUAUUAGAACACUGCCAUACAAGCAACCCGUAGACA